AUGGCAAUGGGAGUUUUGGGAAACAGUCUUGUUUUGGUUAUCAAGGUUCUGUGCCGGGGAAAGUUCUGCUGUCAUUACUGGCUUCCUUUCAUCAAUCUCACCCUGUCAGAUUUAGGCUCUGCCCUCCUCAUCAUCUCUGCCUCCAUACUGGCCAUACUCACAGGAGGUCAGAAGUCACCAUGGUGUGAGGUUGUCACCCUGCUGAAGUUUGCCUUUAUCACCUCAUCUAUAGGGAGCAUAGCUGUCCUGUGUGUGCAGAGAUUGAUUGGCAGGACUUCCACAAAAGGUGCCAUCUUCGUUGUCAUGGUGACAGCAUGUUUGGCUUCUUGGGUUACAGGGGUGGUGUUUGGGAGCAUCCCUAUUGUGUAUGCCUGGAUCAGGUAUGAUCCUGCUGAGAUACUCUGUGCUCUGUUCUGGACGAGUAGUUACUCAGACAUGCUGGUCUACAUUCUCUGUGCUCUCUCCAUUUGCAUCUUCCUCCCCUUUCUUCUCAUCUUUGGCUGCUCUCUACUGAGCGCUACUGGCUGCCACUUUGGUAACAGCAGUGAAGAAGAUCUGUCUGAGGUGACUCCUCUGUUGGUGGCCUGCUAUAUUAUUUGCUACACUCCCUUCUUUGUGUCUGAGCUGAUCCUGCUGGCUCGGAUGGACCUGCCACCAGAUUUUCUAAGGACAUUGUCCUCACUGAUGUCAUACCUGAACUGUGGUUUGAAUCCUCUUAUCUACUGCUCCCAUCAGGAGUUUCGUGAGGCAGGACUGGCUCUGCUGUGGACCAAAAGAAAGCCAACGUCAGUGCCUGUUCUUACUGCUAUCACUAAAUACAAGCUGUAA